AUGCGAUGUCGCAAACGUAUAGAGGCGUUACUGGUGCUUCUAAACCUCAACAACCGGGAUGUCUUGGAGGACGAGUCCUUGACUGACGGCGUUUCGGGUCCGGCCGCGAAUACGGUUCCUGUACCGCCUCUCGCGAUUACAGAUCCAGUGUGGAAGGUGCUGAUAUACGACAAAUUCGGCCAAGACUUGAUUUCACCGCUGCUGAAGGUCAAUGAUCUGAGAGAGCAGGGGAUCACGGUCCAUAUGCCGUUGUACUCCGAGCGCCUCCCGAUUUCCGAUGUCCCUGCAAUCUACUUUGUCCAGCCGACACCUGAGAACUUGAAGAGGAUGGGAGAGGACUUUGCAAAGCGCUUGUACGAGUCAUACUAUAUCAACUUCUCUUCAGCGGUGCCACGGCCACUUUUGGAAGACCUAGCAGCUACUAGUAUUGCGACGGGCAGCAGUGCGGACAUAGCACAGGUGUUCGAUCAAUACCUAGACUACGUGUGUCCGGACCACAACCUCUUCUCGUUGAAUAUGGAGGAUUCAUAUCGGGUCCUAAACGACCCGACAACGGCCGAAUCUACGAUUGAGAAGAUGGUGGAUAAGAUUGUUGGGUCUCUCUUCUCUGUUCUGGUGACACUUGGCGUUGUGCCAAUCAUUCGAAGUCAGCGCGGAGCCGCGGAGGUGAUCGCGACGAAGUUGGAAACCAAGUUGCGCGACCAUCUGUUGAACAGCAGGGCGAACUUGUUCAUGGAUAGUGCGGUGUCAAAUCGAAGUCUUACGCGACCGGUCUUGAUCAUCCUCGAUCGGAACUUGGAUCUGACAACGAUGCUGAAUCACACCUGGACAUAUCAGACGCUAGUCCAUGACAUAUUCGACAUGAAGCUUAACCGCGUGGCAAUUCUGGACGAGGAGAAGAAGCGAAAGGUGUACGACAUCGAUGUGAAUGAUUUCUUCUGGAAGAAGAACGCGCCAAACCCAUUUCCACAAGUGGCUGAGGAUGUCGACGUGGAAAUAAAUCGGUACAAGUCCGACGUGGACGCGGUCACCCGGUCUUGUGGUGUGAGCUCGUUAGAGGAAGUGGAUCCAAAUGACUUCAACGCCGGAGCGAAAGGCCUGACCUCAGCAGUGAAGCAACUGCCGGAACUGACCGAGAGGAAAAGAUUGCUCGAUAUGCACAUGAACAUCGCAACAAGUCUGCUGAGAACGAUACAAGAACGGCAUUUAGAUCAGUUCUUCGCCAUGGAAGAGAAUAUAAUGAAACAGACGAAAGCCCAGGUUCUGGAAGUCCUGAGGAAUCCAAAGAUGGAUCCAACAGACAAAUUACGGUUAUUCAGUAUCUACUAUCUGAUGGUGGAGAACAUUUCGAAGGACGAUCUUGCGGAAUACGAGAAGGCAUUGGUAGAGGCGGGCGCAAACGUGAGCUCACUGGGCUACCUCAAACAGUUCCGAGCCUUCACCCGGAUGACAGCGGUGGCCAAUGUCCAAGCUGUUCCACAAACUGCCGCGAAUGACCUUCUGGGGAGGUUCUCUUCAAUCAGUUCCAAGUUCACAGACCAUUUAAAAGACGCCGGCGUCUCCGGCCAUUUUGAGAACCUCGUAUCCGGGGUGAAGAAUCUGCUCCCCGUGCGGAAAGACUGCCCCGCAACGCGCAUGGUCGACCUGCUGAUGGAGAACAGAGACGCGCAAGAAAUCGAUGACUAUCUUUAUCUGGACCCGAAAUUACCACGUGGUUCUGCAACGAUUGGAAAAGCACAGAGGGGCCGCACGCCAUUCACUGAGGCGAUCGUGUUUGUGGUGGGAGGCGGGAACUAUCUGGAGGCGCAGAACUUGGCCGAGUAUACUCAGGUAUGGGAGGAGGUGAUUCGCGCCGUCGGCGCGGGAAUCUGUGUUCCCUGCUAA